GUACCCCCCACGCACACUCUGAAGAUGACAAGGAUUCAUCAGCCGCUGGUGCUGGUGGCGUGGCUGCUGUUGGCAGUCGUAGCACAGGGCUCCCGGGUCGCUAUCUUUCUCGACGAGAGGGAAAGCGCCGAUUUGAAUAGCUUUGGCUCAUACAUUAGCCAUUUGCAAGCACGAGGCCAUCACUUGGCCAUCUUCGACCAGGCGUCGUCAAAUUUCACCCUUGCUAAGUAUGGUGUGCGGCAGUAUGACAACGUUGUGAUCUUGGCCCCAUCCCUCAAGACGUUGGGAACGAACUCACUCCAACAGGAUGCGCUCUUGUCGUUUGUUGAGCAAGGCGGCAACGUGCUUGUUGCCGGAAGUAUACGGGUGUCGUCGAUGUUACGCCAAUUCGCGGCGGCCUCUGGGGUCCAGUUUGACAAGAAAGGCACGGUCGUGAUGGACCAUGUGCGUCAUGUUGGCGACAAGACCGACAUCUACCACUCUCAUCUGACAUCCCGGCAAUGGACCCAGUUCCCACUGGUUGUUGGCCGACCUUCCAAGCCCAUUUUCUUCAACGGCGUUGGCAUGUCAGUCGAUCCUUCCAACGUACUUGCGUUGACAGUCUUGGCCGCCGAGCCAACUUCGUACUCGGCCUCCCCCACGAAACGCCCCAUUGACCGCGCCUCGUCAAACUUUGGCACGAACGUUAGCCUCGUCGCGGCCAUUCAAGCGAGGAACAACGCACGGGUCGUCUUCUCUGGCUCUGUGGACCUCUUCAAAGAUGCGUACUACUCAUCCAGCUACGGGAACGGAGACUUUGUCGAGGCGGUGACAAAGUGGACAUUUGGCGAGCGUGGGGUGCUGCGCGUGACCAACGUCCGCCACACGAAGGAGGACGGCACGCCGCCAGACGCCAUGCUCAGGCCGAUUGACCGCCCCGACCAGCCACUGACGCUGUACCCCGACGCCGAAGUGGCCCGGAAUUCCCUCGUGUAUCGCAUCAAGGACAACGUCACGUAUUCAUUUGACGUCCACGAACGACAAGACGACGGGACAUGGAUGCCGUUUGCGGCCGACGACAUGCAGCUCGAGUUUGUCAUGUUGGAUCCGUACGUUCGGAAGACGUUGGCCCACGACGACCGCGGCCACUUUGCCGUGACGUUUGCGACCCCAGACGUGUAUGGCAUCUUCCAGUUCCGCGUCAUGUACCGCCGAGUGGGCUACUCGGUGCUGCACUGGACCACCCAAGUGAGCGUGCGGCCCUACAAGCACGACGAGUACGACCGGUUCUUGCCGGCAGCGUACCCGUACUAUGCGUCGGUCUUUUCCAUGAUGACGGGGGUGUUCCUAUUUAGUGUCCUGUUUUUGUACGGACAAGACUAGGCUUGUCGAUUCAAUAACUAAAAAUAUUGGUGUUAACA